AUGAUUACCUCAAAUGAAAACCAACCACUAAAUACGGAUCGUGAUGCUAGUUCCGUACCUAGUAACAAUCAGCAUCAAAAUAACAACACCCCAGCAGGCAAGGUGACGGUGGCCCCUGUGCCCCGGUUCCUGCUUGUAAAAAGAAAGGACAAGGACAACGUGGAGAGCUUUGAUAAAGUUAGCCCGUUCCUUAUCGCAAAAAGCAUAUAUGGAUUGAUAGGAGACACAAACUCUAUAAGAAAAACAGAGGAUGGUUUAAUUAUUCAUACCAAAAGUGAUAAACAGUCUAGUAGAAUGUUAAAUGUCACUAAACUUAAUGAUAUUGAUGUUAUUGUAACCCCGCAUGGUACUUUAAAUAUUUCCAAAGGUGUAAUAUAUUGCAAAGAUCUACUUAACUGCUCUAUUGAAGAAAUCUUAAGUAAUUUAGAACAUGAAGGAGUAACAGACGUAAGACGACUUAAAAGAAAAAUUAACGACCAAUUAGAAGACACUCCCAACCACAUUCUUACCUUUAAUAAACCAAACCUUCCCAAAGAAAUUAAAGCAGCAUAUUAUAAUUUGCAAGUGCGCCCUUACAUUCCACCCCCUACUCGUUGCUUCAAUUGCCAAAAGUUUGGUCAUGUUUCAGCUACCUGCACAAAAGAUAAGCUAUGCUCAUGUGGUCUUGCACCUCAUGAAUCACAGCCAUGCGAACAACCCAUUAAGUGUAUUAACUGUGAAGGCUCCCACUCAGCUUAUAGCAAAACUUGCCCCAAAUAUAGCACCGAAGCAGCAAUCUUAAAAAUUAAAAUUACAGAAAAAAUUCCGUAUAUUGAAGCUAAGAGGAAAGUCGCUGUAACGCUACCAAGAAAUAUUUCAUAUGCAACAGCAACUAAUCGACCUCCAAACAAUACCCCAGCCCCAAUUAACACUAACGACGUAAUCAAAGAACUAACUCCAAAUCUUGAACAACUAAUAUCAAAAUUAAUUACACAGGAAAUCCAAAAAGCAAUCACUAAUACAUCAUUCCCCUACAAUCCUUUUCAAUAUCCCCCCCAACCUCGCUAUUCCAGUCGACCUAAACGCAAUCGGGAUAGUUCUGAGGAAGACUCCAUGACAAGUGAGACAAGCGUAUCUCAACCUCAAUCCCAAACCGAAAAACCCACAAAGAAAAAAAAGAAAAGCAAGGGAUGGCCCAAAGGUAAACCUAGAAAGGUUACCACUCUUUCAAUGGACUUGGACAAUCCAGAUCCUAAAUUAUACCCUCCAGGGUAUAGCUUCGAUCCUCCGGGUUCUAAGUUGGACCCUCAGAGUUCUAAGUUGGACCCUCCGGGUUUUAACUUCGACCUUCCUGGUCCUAACUUGGACCCCCCUGAUCUUAGCUUGAACACUUCGGGCUCUAAGAACUUGCAAGAACUGAACAAAUAA